AUGCCCAUUCUACUAAGUGGAAACACCACUCAUAUAUCUAGAAAAAUUAUUACAAAAUGUGAAUCUAUUGGACACUCAUGUUGUUUUUCAGUGGAAUCCACAAAUUUAGUAUCUAAUAAAGUACUGAAAGCACCCAGAUCCUGGAGCAAUAACUUGGCAUCUACUAUCCCUCAUGGGGAAUAUCGCAAAUGGCUCAAUAAGAUGCUUCUGAUACUCCAUGCAAAAAAUGCUACCUCGUUUUGGUGCACUGAGAAGCUCAAACUCUUAGAGUUUUCCCUGGCAACUUACAAGAUCAGCACACUUACUCGUAAUAACUAUUUUAAUCAAUUACUACACCAUUUAGAUAAGACAAAGGGGUCAUUACUGGCUGGAGAUAACACUAAGUAUAUAAAUAUUUGCAAAAAUAUAUCUACGAACAAAGACAAUUCUAGAGAUUCCGAUGAUGAACAAUCUAGAUCGCAAUACUUUUCCAUGCUAGAUUCAGAAAUUCGAGGUCUCCAUUUCCAAUUAAGUCCAACACUAGCACAAUACGAGAAUAAGAAUAAUUUGAUUAAAGCUUUGGUUCCAAUUCUUGAGGGGAAAACCAAGGGCAAAUUUUAUCCCUUUGGGUCUUGUGAAUCAGGAUUUUGGGUCAGAGGAUCAGAUGUAGACGCUUGCCUAGUUAUACCCGGUUGUGAUACAAGAUCUCAGUGGUUACAUAAGUUACGACUUAUAAAAAGGGCUUUAUCUUCAGUACCAGGAAUAUCAUUCAUAAGGAUAAUUCACGCUAAUGUACCAAUAGCCAAGAUAUUUAAUGAAGAGAAUGCAAAUGUCUGCGACAUUUCCAUAAAUAACACCGUGGCACUAGAGAAUACAUUGUUUGUCAAGGUGCUUAACAAGAUAGAUUAUCGCACAAGCCAACUUGGUAGGAUUAUAAAGUACUGGGCCAGUUGUAGGAAGAUAAACAAUCGUGCUCAAGGAACGAUGAGUUCUUAUACGCUACUGCUGAUGUUAUUUCAUUUCCUUCAAAAUCGAAAACCGCCCAUUCUACCUAAGUACAUGGAUAUCAAAAAGGAUGACAGUAGACCUUAUAUCAUACCUGACGAUAACAAUAAUAAUGAAUCUAUGCUAGCUGAGUCACCAGAUCAUGAUCAGGAAAUGGAUGAAAUUGAAGAUUUGGAUGAAGAACAACCAAGGGAACCGAGUACGGAAGAUGAUCUAAUUGGCAACAUUAAGAAUCCACCAUUUCUAGAUAAUCUAAAUGAAAUUUUGGAAAGGAAUCAAUUUCUUGGAACAAACUCUGAGAGUUUGGGGGAAUUAUUGUACCACUUCUUCGAGUUCUUUGGGGAUGAACAGUUUGAGCAAGGUCGCACAAUAGAUAUACACAAUAAUACAGUGGAUACAAAUAAUAAGGAAGUGCUGAUAGUUCGUUGUCCGCUGACUGGCAAAAAUGUAAACCCAUUCUCUCCUAGAAUAUGGCAAAGUAUACAUGGCGAGUUUAGGCGCAUGAAAAUCUUGUUACAGUCUCAAAAUUGUUUGGCAAUAAUGUGCGAAGUUGUUUCCGAUCCACCACUCAAAAGGGAAGUUAAGGAAAAAAUUGCAAAGAGAAAGGAGAUGAAGAAAUUGGCUGAAGAGAUAGAAUCUUUGACGUUAUAA